CUCCUGGAUCCAGCCAUGGCGGAGUACUCCUGCGUCAAAUCCACCAAGCUCGUCCUCAAAGGGUCGAAAGAGAAGAGCAAGAAGAAGCACAAGGAAAAGAAAAGGAAAAGGGAAGAGGAUGCAGCAGAGCAGCUCGAUAUUGUUGGAAACUGGUGGGCUGUCAGUAAUUUUGGUGAAAUCACAGGAACUAUAGCUAUAGAAAUGGAUAAAGGAGCUUACAUCCAUGCCCUUGACAAUGGCUUGUUUACACUUGGAGCACCACACAAAGAACGUGAUGAAGGCCCUAGUCCUCCUGAGCAGUUUACAGCAGUAAAGUUGUCUGAUACGAGGAUUGCUCUCAAGUCUGGUUAUGGCAAAUACCUUGGUAUAAAUUCAGAUGGACUUGUUGUUGGACGUUCUGAUGCAAUAGGAUCAAGAGAGCAGUGGGAACCUGUCUUCCAAGAUAGGAAAAUGGCAUUACUAGCAGCAAACAGCCGUUUUAUUAGAUGUAAUGAAGAGGGGGACAUAGAAGCCAAAAGCAAAACUGCAGGGGAAGAAGAAAUGAUAAAGAUUCGUACUUGUGCUGAAAGAGAAGCUAAGAAGAAAGAUGAUGUUCCACAAGAAGACAAAGGAAACGUUAAACAGUGUGAAAUCAAUUACGUGAAGAAAUUCCAAAGUUUUCAAGACAAAAAGCUUAAAAUAAGCAAAGAAGAUACAAAAGCCCUUAGGAAAGCCAGGAAAGAAGGCACUUUUCAUGAAAUGCUCCUCGACAGGAGAGCUAAAGUGAAAGCAGACAGAUACUGCAAGUGACAGCCAUCUCAUCCAUUUUCUUCUGCAACUUUGAUGGCAGCAUCAAAUUGAAGAAUAGUAAAAUAUUUUAUAAUUGCUUUUUUAUUUAAGGAAUUUUUUUAAGUAACUCCAGAAUUGUAUUAAAAUUUUCUCAAAUAUUAAUAACCCAGCUAUAAAAUCUUGUGAACUGUAUCACUUGUGAAUGCUUGGCUCAUGUUAAGGGAAUGGCUCCAACAAAAAAUUAAAGGUAUAUCAAUUAAGAAUGGUAUUUUAUUUGCCAUGUAACUUAAGCCUUGGGAGACAGACUGCACACUGAUUCAGAGAGAAAGCUCCCUGGCUUUUAGUUGCCUUUAGGACAAAAUCUAGAAUAAAAAAGAUUAUUGUUGGCAAAUAUUCCUGGCCAAAAUCAGGAAUUCUUGGAUAAAAGUGCAGCAUAGCUGUGAGGUGUGCUGUGGAAGAGAGGGAGAAAAAAGUUACUAAUUUUUCUGCAG